AAAAAUGGAAAAAGAUAAAACGGAAGCAGAAAACACAUCUCCGUAACACAGAGAGACGGAGAGAAACAUUUCCUUUCCUUUCUUUGCUAUUUCUUUCGUUUCGUUUCUCACACAGAAAGUGGGAAAGGAAAGGAAAGGAAAGAGAAGCAGCAGCAAGAAAAAAUCACUAGUGUCACUUUUAAAUCCAGCGAUCUUAGGCUCGUUUUCCAUUUUCUUCUUUUAUAUUUUCCAGCUCAGCUCUCUGCAUUUUAUUUGGAGAAUUCUGAUUUUUUCGAUCUCGACGGCAUUGCAAUGUCUGCUUCUUCACGAUCUUAGGUCCAUCUCCUGUUUUCGUUCUUCAGCUGUGUCCACAAUUUAUUUGGGAGAGGAGGAAUUCUAGGUCACCUUAACAUGAAUAAUCAACAACAAAGGAAAUUAGGUGAGAAUGUGAUAUAUGACAGCUUAAAUGGCAAUCAUGCUCUGAAUGCAGAUGAAAAAGAAGCGCCUGAAGGCAUCGAUGGCAACAUACAACCAUUGGUUGAGUGGUUGAACCAUAUGAUUCCCCAUUUAAAUUUGCCACUGGAAGCUUCAGAAGAAGAAUUGAGGGCAUGCCUUAUUGAUGGCACUGUUUUGUGUAGCAUUUUGAGCAAGCUGAAUCCUGGUUUGGUUGAAAUGAGGGGCAACUUUGAGCCUGGUCCAGAAAAAGUAAAACUGUUUCUGGCUGCGAUGGAUGAAAUGGGAUUUCCUAGGUUUGUACUUGCAGACAUAGAACAGGGAUACAUGAUGCCAGUUUUGCAGUGCCUUGGCACUCUUAAAGCACAUUUUGAUUAUAAUGGUGGGAAAGAGGGCAUCCGUAAUCAUUCAAGAAGAUUAUGGAAUCUAUUGUUGGCAAAUACCAAGGGGACACACCAACAAUCAGAAGGAAUUGAUCAUUCCAAAGGGGUGCAUCGUUCUGUUAUAUCAGAGCCUUAUCCUGCUUUGUUGCAUGAUGCUGGACACAAGUUUUCCAAGGAGUUGCCGCUAAAGCAAGAAUACUAUGCUGAUCUUGUGGAUUCUAAUAUUUGGGAAUUGAUGAAAUCAAACAGUUUGGAUAAUGCCUCAACUAGAACAUUGUUCAGUUUGGUGUAUAAGAUACUGGAUGAUAGCACAGGAAGGAAGAAUGGCCACAUUCAACAUAUGGUACAUAUAUUGAAGAAAGUCAUCCAAGUUAUUGAGCAACGAUUUUCAAUUCAAGCAGAGAACUUGAGAGAUCAAAACAACCUCUAUGGCAUUCAUACAGAGAAGUACCAAUCAAAAAUAAGAGUACUUGAGACCCUUGCAUCUGGGACCGCAGUAGAAAUUGAGGUAUUAUUGUCGCAACUACAGAAGAUAAAGAUUGAGAAGAUCAAAAUAGAGCACAAGGAAAAGCUUGAAGAACAGGAACUCCAUAAGUUAAAGGAAGAGAAAAAUCAUAAUGAUAUUGAGAAAUUAACUCUGAGAGAGGAACUAGAAUUAGCAAAGAAGAUGCAUGAAGAGCAUUGCUUAUUGUUGGAAGUGCGUGCAAAGGAAAAAAAUGCUGAAUUAGAGAAGCGAAUGGAGGAACUUGAGCGUCUUCUUGUAGAGUCAAGAAACAAAGUGAAAGAACUUGAGUCGUUUUCUGAAUCUAAAUCUCAAAGAUGGAAAAAGAAAGAAGGAACCUAUCAAAGCUUUAUAAAUUAUCAAUUUGGAGCUUUCCAGGAAUUGAGAGCUACAUCUGAGUCCAUAAAACGUGAAGUCUUGAAGACAAAACGGAGUUACUUGGAGGAAUUUCAAUGCUUAGGAGGGAAGCUUAAGGGACUGGCAGAUGCUGCUGAGAAUUACCACUCUGUGCUUGCAGAAAAUCGAAAACUGUAUAAUGAAGUUCAAGAUUUGAAAGGAAAUAUUCGAGUGUAUUGUCGGAUAAGACCAUUUCUUCCAGGCCAAUGUAAAAAGCAAACAACCAUAGAGUAUAUUGGUGAAAAUGGUGAAUUAGUGGUUUCAAAUCCCUCAAAACAGGGAAAAGACAACCAUAGACUCUUCAAAUUCAACAAGGUUUUUGCUCCAACUGCUAGUCAAGAGGAGGUAUUUUUGGACACCCAACCACUAAUUCGGUCUGUUCUCGAUGGAUAUAAUGUCUGUAUCUUUGCUUAUGGUCAAACUGGCUCGGGCAAGACUUACACAAUGAGUGGACCUGAUUUAUCAUCAGAAGAGGAUUGGGGGGUCAAUUAUCGAGCCUUACAUGAUCUUUUCAAAAUCUCGCAUAGCCGGAAAAGCUCCAUCAGAUAUGAAAUUGGUGUACAAAUGGUUGAAAUAUACAAUGAACAAGUUCGCGAUCUCCUCUCAAGCAAUAGCUCUCAGAAAAGACUGGGGAUUUGGAGUACAACCCAACCAAAUGGGUUAGCUGUCCCUGAUGCUAUCAUGCACUGUGUUAAAUCAAGCUCAGAUGUCCUAGAGUUGAUGAAUAUUGGGCUGAUGAACCGUGCUAUUGGUGCUACAGCCCUGAAUGAAAGAAGUAGCAGAUCCCACAGUGUGCUCACUGUUCAUGUUCAUGGCAUGGACUUGGAGACUGGUGCUGUUUUGCGUGGUAAUCUGCAUUUAAUUGAUCUUGCUGGAAGUGAAAGGGUGGAUCGAUCUGAAGCAACUGGAGACAGGUUGAAGGAGGCACAACACAUAAAUAAAUCACUUUCCGCACUUGGGGAUGUGAUAUUUGCUUUAGCUCAAAAAAAUCCACAUGUUCCUUACAGAAAUAGUAAAUUGACUCAAGUACUGCAAAGCUCUUUAGGUGGUCAAGCAAAGACCCUCAUGUUUGUCCAGCUGAAUCCUGAUGUAGAUUCAUAUUCUGAAACUAUAAGUACCUUAAAGUUUGCUGAGAGAGUAUCUGGCAUUGAGUUGGGCGCUGCAAGGAGUAAUAAAGAAGGAAGGGACAUUAGAGAACUUAUGCAGCAGGUGGCAUGCCUCAAGGACACUAUUGCGAAGAAAGAUGAAGAGAUUGAGCAGUUGCAGCAGCUUAAAUCUAAUGUGGUUGGCAUGAAGCAUGGUGUGAACUCCCUCAGAAGUGAAUCUUCUUCUCCAAGAAGAUAUUCAAUUGAGGGUCCUCGUAAAGCCCCUAUGACAAGUGGGGAGAAAAGCUUAGGACCUUAUGAUAAAGUGGCUUCUGACAUCGAUAAUAGUUCAGAUUACAGUGAGAAACGAUCUGAAGCUGGUUCUCUACAGUCAAGGGAUGACUUCAGGCAUCAAGAGGCAUCUUUUCCGCAGUCAAGGUCAAUGGGUGACUUGAGACUUCAAAAGGAAUUUCUCUCUCAACCAAAGCUUAGAAAAGAUAUAGGUCAGAAUCCUAAAGAAGACAUUGACCUCUUGGGGUUUGGAGAUGUGGAUUCUGAUGAGAGAUUGAGUGACAUAUCUGAUGGUGGUCUUUCAAUGGGAACUGAAACAGAAUCAGUCGAGUUCACUCUUUUUCCUGAGCCAGCAAAAUCACCUGGAAGUACAAGACCAGCUGAAGCUGCUGAACCUGCAAAAUCACCUGUUGCAACACCAGGUGCAGCAAAACCAACUGAGAAAGCAGAGAACACCAGGAAACCCAGUUUUAUAUCCAAGUUACCAAGGCCUCCACAGCAAUUGAUGCAAACAAGAUUGUCACGCCUAUCAUUGACUAAGAAUUCCACUCCAAGGGCUUUAUCAACACCUCGGACUCUUGGUAGUUCCUCCGCAGCCAAGCCUCCAAAGAAAUGGCACUAAAUAUUGGAGACAUUUUGGAUGGUAAAGAAAUUGACACUUGCAGUAGUUUGUAGAUUCUAACUUUGUCAGGUUGUUCCUCCUAGAAUUGUCCUAGCUUCCAUUUAUUCCAAUAGAAAUGUUCACUUGGGAAGCGAUAAACCAGAAGACUGUGGUUUAAAAUGUAUAUACCUGAGGAUUAUCGUUUCAA